AUGAAUGCGGCAUUUGCCACCAGGUAUACUCGACGAGCAGUCACCUGCGACGACACCAAGCGAAGCAUGUACCGAGAGAGCAUUUCAUUUGCCAGUUUUGCGAACAAAGUUAUAUGCGACGGGACGUUCUUCGUCGUCACUAUGAAUCCUGCAAGCAGAAGGGCAGCAAGCCAACUCCAUCUGAAGGGAAGCGCGGUAGGAAGCGGAAAGCUUGCGAUGCAUGUGUCGAGAGCCGUACCCAGAGAGCAGGAUUGGAAACCUAGGGGUAACGGAGACGCACAGAAAAAAGCAGAGGACACGAGCAUCAACAAAAUCCCAGUUGAGUUCCUUCUAAAUUAUACAGAUCCAGCCAGCAAGACAUUAUAUGACGUUCAACGGAUACUCGCGGGGUGCGAUAAAAGCCUAGGAGAGUACGCAUUCUCUGAGGAAUAUCAAAUGCCAAAUUCCGAUGGAUCAACAGAGCAGUGGAUGGGGCUAUUUCAACUCUUUGUUAACACAUCCGUGUUUGAUAAGUCCGACGACGAUCAGUGCCUUAUGUAUGGGCUGGACAACACCGGAGAGCUGGGCAACACAGCCUCGAGAAUCAUAGGGCUGCUGAAGCACAGUCCUGAAUCGCAGUUCAACAGCAAAAGGCACCCUAUUAUCGAAGAAGCUAGGUGCUUCUUCUCACCAAAGAAUCUCACUGCUUUUGUCAAUGCAUUCUUUGAACAUUCAUACAAAAGCACACGUUUCAUUCAUAAAGCAUCAUUCAAUGUUCAUACUAGCUCACCCCAGCUGCUACUGGCUAUUGCUUUGAUGGGUGCGACAUGUAUCUCACCGCAGGAUGCAUCUUCCGCAGCAGUGUACUCUAAUGUAGCUGAGUAUCUCAUUUUCGAGGGACAUGAUUUCGGACAGGUCUUGAAUACGGACAACCCGUCUCUAACCAAGACGAAUAUGGAAAUUCUCCAGGCAGCAAUGCUGGUAACCGUCAUUCAGGGGUGGAAAGACGAUAUAUACAUCAAAAGGCGGAUUCGAACUCAGCGAUUCCCGGCUCUGGUUUGCGCUACACGGGCACUACGACUGACGCAAGCUACCAAUGACGCUGUCAGCGACACAAAGCCCCUUGAGUGGGACAAGUAUUUUCAGAGCGAGAGCCUUGUGAGGGCCAUGGCUUGGCUUUACCUUAUGGACUCACAUUUGGUAGUCUACUAUCGCAACCCGCCACACUUUAAAAUUGCUGAAGCUUGUUUUGGCUUGCCACAAGAUGAGGAACUUUACGAUUCAAUGGAACCAUCUGCACGGGUGAAAUUGGUGCGAAAUGCGACCAAUCACAGGCUCACCCUGACCUUGAAGUCCGUUAUCCAACGGUUGAUGAAGACAGACAAUGGGCAAUUUGACGAACUGCUUUCCCAGCCAUGCACAUUAUUUGGUCUGUUUUUAGUUCUAGGGAGUCUCCAUUGUGUACUGUUCGAUUUGCAGGCAUUGAGCACCUGUGUUGAACUAUCCGGACCCUUUGCCUCUCUUGAUGUUGCUCUAGAUCGAUGGAAGCAAAUAUGGGACUUAGCAUAUACGACAGUGAAACCUGAUGACAUUAGUCAGUCGGGGUUUAUGGUACACGCUCUGGAGCUCUGGUGGCUUGCAAAGAAACUUAUCCACAAGCCAACCGGGAUAUGUCCAGAGAAUUCGUCGAGAACCACCGAAUCUCAGAGCGAGAAUGGCACUCAUCAAGUCGCCCUGACGGCAUAUAAAGUACGAGAUCUCGCUGCAUGUCUCAAAUGCAUGACCCGUGCGCAACUAACCGAGGUUCUGCAAACCGCUGGGGAUAAUUACAUCGAAGUGCAUAAGCUAGUGGAGUCUAAGGUAUCCGAAAGGAUGGACGACAAGGCUCGGAUGUACCGCUGCGAAAUGAGCGAUGUCGUUUGCUUCAGGGGCUGUCUGGAAGCGGCCCGAAAGGCAAUGGCGGAGGCAGAGAGUCGCGUUGAAUUACUGCGUACAUGGAACAGCUUGCCAGACAGUGGCAAUGAUGACUUCACGAACAUGGUUCAGCUAAUCGCCGAUCACUGUGGGCCAUUCGCGCACCCCAAAACCCGGGCUAACGGGCUCACAAUGCUCUGUGAGCUGUGCUAUGUUCUCAUGGAUAUAGCUAGGGAUGACUUUUUUGAACAGGAUCGGAGUAAGUACGGUUGGGAUGUGAGUCUGGAAAAUGCGAUGCUAGAGGUAGUCACCGCGAUGACGCCAGCUGAGAGACAGUCUGUUGUCGACGAUGCUGACUUGUGGUCUGCUUUGCUUUAUGUAUAUGAGGAAUCCGAUUACAGACUGUUUCAUGCAUUUAAAGAUGUGAUAGAUGAGUUCCCUAAGGUGGCUAGUGGCCCUGAAGAUGGAGAGGACAACGAUGAGUUACGGUCUCUAUUCGAAGAGUCUGAUCAGGAUACAGGACAGAGCGAGAACGACAUGUCGGAGGUUGAAUAA